UGAAGGGGCUGUUCGCUCUACUUCCUGUAAAAUACGCUUGACAGGAACACCUAUGAGACGUUAGCCGACAUUGUUUCAGAAGAGAAAUGGAAGACUUGUCAACUGUUCCCUUCGGUGCAAAGCCGUUAUAAUUAACCUACUGUCUGAUGAUAAUAUUGAUGAACUCCUAACAAAUUUGAAGCCCUUACCUUCCAGUUCUGAAGCUAUGGCUAGUAUGGCUAGUUUGGAAAUUCUGGACAUCAGUGCAACUCCUACCUCACCAAUCAAGGACUUUGAUCAGAAAGAGGAGAAAAGAUCAGAGAAAUACCAACACCUCCGAGGGCGAAACAAUAAAACGUCCUGUCGAAGCCCGCCGAGAGAUGUGGAUACUAGAUUAAUAAAAGAUAUGCUUCAACACAAGAGACACCUGGAGUUCCAGAGAAGGAGAGCUGGGAGCCCAGAGUUUUGCCCGGAGAGGACUGUGAAUCCAAUAUAUUGUUCCACAAAGAGAAACCCACUGACAAAGACAGGUCAUGUGAAACAUCAGAGCGCAGUAACGAUGGCUCAGAUGCUGGAUAAACAAACCCAAAGGACCGCCACGUCCAUAGAGGACCCCACAGGGGUGUUGAUCUCAAACAGAUUAGGGGUCAAUGACCCGAAUCCUGGUAAAUGGGCUACCUUAUGGUCAGAACCUUUACCGUUGAAAGGCCAGAAGGAAGAUAUGCCAGGGCAACAGGAGACAGCAGGUUUCGCAUCAGUAUCCCUAGCAGAGAAGUCCAUUCAGCAGAAUAUGAAAGGACAACAAGCAACUAGCAUCAAAACAAUCACAGCAACUGAAGAUUUCCACACAACCAUGUCCUCUAACUCUCGUAUUCUCAUUGAAGCUACGGUAGAGCAAAAGAUAUUACAAGAGGCCUGUGUGCAGACUGACCCUGGCCUGGUCACUGUCAAGGCAUCUGAUGUUCAGCAACUCGCUGAGUACUUGCAGGAGGCUCUGUGGAGAGAGGAGGCUUUGAAGAAGAAGAUGGCCAUCCUUCAGCAGAGCGCAUCCAGCCUGCUAAACUCCUCCGACAACAUUUGGACUGCUCGCUGCAACGAGGACCUUCUGACAAACAGGAUAACAUCUCUAGAGGCGCAACUGCAGCUCUGCUUUCAGAGGCUCCCUAAAGACGGACUGAAGAAGCUGGUUCUGACAAUGGAGAGGCAGAAACUGGUGUAUGAGGAGAAGGCCUUGGCUGCCCUGCAGAAGGCCACACUGGAGAAGACAGAUGCAUUGGUUGAGUCUCACCACUUCCAGGAGGCGCUGGAGACAGCCAAGACAGAGUCCUCGAGGUGGCAGGGUCUUUAUGAGGAACAGAAGCAGAUCUCAGGGCAGCUAAAGGAGUGUCACGAACGCACCAGUGGACAGGUGGACCAGCUGCACAGCCAGCUAAAGCUGUCCAGUGGCCAGCAGGAGGUGCUGAGGGGGCAGACGAGCACUCUACAGCGGGUCCAUGAAGAGAUGCAACGCAACAUCUCCCUUCUGGAGCAGGCCAACCAGGCCCUGAGGAAUGACCUCUGCAUGAAAGCCCGUACCCCCGAGUGCUGGGACUUCACAGUGCAGGUGUGCCUGCCAUCAGAGGAACCUGAGGAAGACCAGAAGGAGCGGGAAGACAAGGAGGAGGACAGGAAGGAGGACGGGGAGGAGGAGGACGGGGAGGAUACGGAGGAGGAGGACAGGGAGGACAAAGAAGAGAAGGAACAGUCGCUGCUGGUGCAGGAGCUUAGGGACACGCAGGAGAGACUCAGAACCAAAGGACAACAGUGUGUGGAUCUGGAGGCAGAGCUGGAGGCCAUGCAGCAGGAGUACAGGUCCAGCCAGGCCCGGCUGACGCAGUGCAGGGACCAGCUGAGGCUGCUCAGCCAGCGGCACAGCAGCACGCUGGCACGGGGGUCCCGAAGAUCCUGGACGAGGAUGUUUGUCCUCCUCAUUGUAAUCCUGGCUUUCACAGGGGUUGCCAUGUUGUCACUGUGGCACCCCCCUUUCAGGGAUCAAGUUGCCAUCAUCCUCUCAGACAUAGAGACCAGAAUUGAGGACUAUCUUAUGGAAAUGGCUUCCCACCGCCACUGUUACAGACCUGUAUGAAAUAUAUGGUAAUGUUAUUAUUCCAAGCUAUUUAAAUGGAAUAUUUAAAUGGAAUAGAUGAAUAAAUAGUUCCUAAUUAUUUAUCUUAGUAAUUUUAAAGAUAACAUUGGACUAUCUUUAGUGAAACUUGAUGAAGUGGGAGGAAUAGCCUAUAUGAUAUUCAUGGUACUUGCCUAAUAUGUAGGGUUAGGGCAUGACUGCGGCAAGUUCAAAUAUAAAAACAGAUAAUCCAAUGUAAUUUUAUGUGUUCAUCAGUUACCUCAUUUUGUAAUUAAACUUUCUGGAAACAUCCGACCAACACUGUUGUCCUUUUUGUUUUAUAUAUAUAUCACUUCAUCUUUUUUUUGUGAAUAAAGUGAACAGAAACCUUUAUAUUUACUAAUAGAAGAACACAUUUUCCUAUCAAUAGUGCCGAUGUUUUCCAUGAAAUAACUUAGAAACCAAAAAGGGAAAUAGGCCCUUAGUAGCAGGGCAGGUGGACAUCCUGGUCUAAAGACACACUCAAAAGACCUUUGAUGUGACAAAAGAUCACUAAGCAAAUAGGCGCCAUGGGUCAGAUCAGGUCCAGCAGUGAGGAGAUAGAGCCCUCAAGAACUAUACUCUCAUGUAUCACACCAAGGAACUUUUAUACAACCUGCAUAGGUUUCCAAACACAGCAUUUGUGGCUUGAACGUAACAGUUGCUCGACCAUGACCUUGGUGUAGUGUCAUUGUGAGAACUUUUAACAAUAAUGCUUUGUUUCACAAACUUAGAUUAUCCAUUAAAUAAAUUGUAUUGACAUUUGGUGGACAGCUGAUAUAAUUGAGCUGCAUACCAUUAUAGCUGUUGAACCAGGCAGAUACAUUUGUCUGUUGUCAAUGACCUAUGAGCUUUGCCAAUAGAACACAUAGCCAAUUUGAUUGGUUGUUAACCAGCGAAAACACGAAAAUCAUAUCAAAACAUUUCUAAAUAUAUAUUUUAGUACAGCAAAAGGAAUAAGAAACAA